CGGCGCAUGCUCUCUUUGCAGCUUGUCUGCGUGUCAUGUUGAUGAAUGCAAAAACUGGGUAGUCAACAUGUCCACUGCUGCUCAGCAAAACAAUAACGAAGAGCCCGGCCUGCACGGCUCUUGGGUAGAGUUGGAGCUGAAUGGGAACACUGGAAUAGGGAGUCCUCAAAGUAACCUCCUGCCACCUGCUGCAGACCACAUAAAUGCAAAUGCUGGUUUGGGAGAGGCGCCAGAGAACAAUGAGUCUCUUAUAGGGGGGUUAGAACAUGUGCCAUCAUCCUCAUCGAUCCAUAAUGGAGAUAUGGAAAAGAUACUUCUUGAUGCACAACAUGAAUCAAGUCCAAGUAACUCCUCCUGUCAAAGUCCUCACCGGCCACCAAGUCCAGAACAAGAUGAAGGUCAAAUUAUGUUUGAUGUUGAGAUGUCAAGUCCAGCAGAUUGUCAGUCUGAAGAAGAUGUUCAAGAGAAGGAUGAAAAAGAAGACAUUCAAUCUAAAAAAGAAGCAGACUGGGUCGCUAAUUGGUCCAGCAGACCUGAAAACAUACCUCCAAAAGAAUUUCACUUUAGACACCCCAGACGUUCAGUAUCUCUCAGUAUGAGAAAAAGUGGUGUUAUGAAGAAAGGCGGUGUCUUCUCUGCUGAGUUCCUCAAAGUCGUCAUUCCCUCUUUGCUCCUCUCGCAUAUUCUUGCCCUUGGCAUUGGGGUGUACAUUGGGAAAAGAAUUGCCACUGCCCCCACCAGCACAUACUGAGCAGAUUCCUAAGCAGUGCCAGGAUGUCCUGCUUCAAGUUUGUCCAUCACUCUUCUAUAGUCAAGCUGUGUCUGUUUUACUGUGUCAACAUUGUGUCUCUGGUUGGCCUUCACAAGGUAUCACAUCAUGUUAUGUGCAUUUCCUAUCGUAGUUGCAGUCCUCUAAUUACAACCAAAAUUAAUCUUGCAGGUCAUCCUAGCCAGAAAAUAUUAAAUUAAGCACCUAACUCUAAAUGAAAAUAACCAAAAGCUGUACAAAAAACAAACUUAUUUCAAAAUAUUUUAGUUGCCUUAAGACAUUAGAUACAUAAGUUUUAUUUUGUAUUCUGUAUUUUUUAAGUAGAGAUUAGAGAACUUCAUUUGAGGGUUUAAAAUCUUGUAUAUUGUCUGGUGCCAAAUUUGAUACGAGAUUUCAUUGUAUUUCUUUUUCCUACAUAUCUUCUUGUAGGCCAACACCUACUCUUUACUGCACAUUGGUGAUCUUUUAUUAGUUGUUUAAAAUCUUUAUUAUGUAAUUUAACUACACUACCUAGAUGUGACAAUAAUAUGCUCUGAUCUACCCCUUGUAAUGACCACAUUUGCGACAGUGUUAUGACAUGUGCUAAUGUUUGAGGCUUACAAGGAGUUUUUGUUAUGCAAUAAUUCCAUACCAUGCAGUAAAAUAUAUUUUACAUAUAGCUAUAAGUUACUGCAAGGCGUCUAGAAUGCAUCAAGAGUGCAUGUGUUGAACUGGAUUCUGAAUGACGCUUUUUAAUGGAUGCAUAUGAAAAGACAGUGAUUUGAGUUCGCUGUAUUUGAGGCAUUCCUUGGAAAGCAAUGUGUAAAAUGUAAAACAUACAGUAGUCUAAAUAAGCUUGAGCUGUCUAAUGUGCGAACAGUGCAAUACAUUUGUAAAUAGAAAGCUUGUUGUUACUGUGUCUCAAUUAAUAAAUGCCUAAAUAACCUGUA